AUGGCUCCUUCAAAUUCAAAGAUCGCUGGUGCUCGACUACAGCAGCUUCAGCGCGUCAUGGAGGAGAGCUCACGAAGACCAUUCAUUCGGGCCUAUGGCCAAGCAGAUCUCGAGGCUAUCAUGCACAUUUGCCGUGUUACUGCCCACUCAGCCGCAGCCCAGGAACCAGCCAACACCAUCGUUCCUCUCAUCUUUGCCCUCCCAUAUGUCAUCCUUCAUCCUGAAUACACCUUCGUCCUUGACAACGGACAUGGUGACUGCGUGGGCUACUGCGUCGCCGCACCAUGUUCAGCAACCUACCUGGAACGCUACAAAUCCGAGUACCUCCCCACCAUCGACCGCUCACUCUACCCACCUCCACCACCUUGUCCUGGGGCCAUAGCCGGCAACGAGAUCGAGCGCAUAGGCAAGAAUGGAGACGUGGCCGCCGCCCUCAUGCAGCGCCUAUACUACCCGGACGAAUCGGUGCUACAUAGCAAAUGGCCGGGUCUACUUAAAGACUAUCCAGCCCACCUCCAUAUCGAUAUCCUACCCGAGUACCAGGGCCACGGCGGAGGUAAGAACCUCAUAGCAGCACUCUUGGCGAAACUCCAGGCCGACAGCGUGCGUGGCAUCCAUCUCAUGAAGUCCGGCGAGAACAAGGGCGCCGAAGUAUUCUACGGUCGAAUGGGAUUCGAGCGAUACCCUGUUAUCAUGGAUGGGGGUGAGAGCGGGGAGAUCGGGCGUAAAACCGGGGGAGGAGUUUGCAUGGUUCAGAAGUCGAGCUAA